GCUUGCAUCAGAUCUCACAGAACAAGGUGGCGGUGCUGCUCCUGGCUGGAGGACAAGGAACUCGCCUGGGAGUGAGCUAUCCCAAGGGCAUGUACAACGUGGGGUUGCCCAGUGGCAAGACCUUGUAUCAGAUCCAAGCAGAAAGAAUCCGCAAGGUGGAGCAGCUCGCUGGCCAGAGACACUGCUGCAAGUGUGCCAUCCCCUGGUACAUCAUGACAAGUGAGUUCACGCUGGGGCCGACAGAGGAGUUUUUUGUAGAACAUGACUACUUCAACCUGGACAGAUCCAACGUGGUCAUGUUUGAACAGAGGAUGCUGCCCGCUGUCACCUUUGAUGGGAAGGCUAUCUUGGAGGAGAAGGGGAAAAUUGCUAUGGCUCCAGAUGGCAAUGGUGGCUUAUACCGUGCUUUGGUUGAUAAUAAGAUCUUGGAUGACAUGAAGCAGCGUGGAGUCCAGUAUGUCCACGUAUACUGUGUGGACAAUAUCCUCGUGAAAAUGGCAGAUCCAGUCUUCAUAGGGUUUUGUGUUUCCAAAGGGGCAGAUUGCGGUGCAAAGGUGGUGGAGAAGGCCUACCCCACAGAGCCUGUUGGGGUGGUGUGCUGUGUGGAUGGGGUCUACCAGGUGGUGGAGUACAGUGAGAUCAGCCUGGAGACUGCGCAGCAGCAAAGGCCCGAUGGGAGACUGAUGUACAGCACUGGCAAUAUCUGCAACCAUUUCUUCACAGUUGAAUUCCUGGAGACAGUGGCCCAGAAAUAUGAGCCACAGCUGAGGCAUCACGUAGCCAUAAAGAAGGUGCCCUACAUUGACGAGGAGGGAAAUCUGGUAAAACCGCUAAAACCGAACGGGAUAAAGCUGGAGAAGUUUGUGUUUGAUGUGUUCCAGUUCUCUAAGAAUUUUGUGGCAUUUGAAGUUUUGAGAGAAGAAGAGUUCUCACCACUAAAAAAUGCAGACACAGCUGACAAAGAUACUCCCACCACUGCUCGGCAAGCCCUCCUGGCCCAGCAUUGCCGCUGGGCUCUCAAGGCUGGGGCCAGAUUUCUGGAUGAAAACGGUUGCAGGAUACCAGAGAAACUCAGUCUCUCAGCAACUGAAGAUCCUCCAGCUGUGUGUGAGAUUUCUCCAUUAGUGUCAUACUUUGGAGAGGGUCUGGAGGCGUACAUGAAGAACAAAGACUUCCCUUCUCCCUUUGUACUUGAUGAAAACAAAGCUGAAAUGCUAGGAAAUUCUUGA